UCGCUAUGAUGCAGCCGGCCCACAUGCGGAAAAUAUUUUAGGUAGUUUCUUAGAUAUUAGAACGUUUGUAAUAGGGUUUCUUAAAAUCUGAGGAGACUUAGGGGAACGUUUUAAGAAUCAAGAUGUUACCAGAAGCGCAGGAGGGAGAAGAGACGAUGGUGGUCGCAAGACUUUCCGCCCCCGCCACCAUCUGUGUGGAGCCGGUGGGGAGGUGGUUCGAGGCGUACGCUCACCGCUACCGGCACAAGAAGACGCUGUCUCAGCACGAGUCGGUCGGAGACAGCAGCUCCUCGGAGGAGGAAGACGAAGACCUUCGCGACGAAGACUUCCAGGAGGACCCUCUGCUGACCUCGCUCGACCCCAAGGACGUCAAGACCCAGGACCACUAUGCAGUGUUGGGGAUAGCCAAGCUGAGAUACAGAGCUACACAUGCCCAGAUUAAACAGGCCUACAAGCGUAUCGUGCUGAAGCACCACCCCGACAAGCGCCGGCAGGCGGGAAAGGUCGUGAAGGAAGGCGACGACGACUACUACUCCUGCAUCACAAAAGCAUAUCAGCUUCUCGGUAACAAAGUGUCCCGGCGAUCGUUUGACAGUGUUGAUCCUGAGUUUGACGACUCCGUCCCUCCAAACAACUCCAGCUCGAAGGAAAACUUCUAUGAAGUUUUCGGGCCUGUGAUUGCAAGCAAUGCCAGGUGGUCUGUGAAGAAACCAGUUCCCAAACUUGGCACGGCAGACUCUACGUAUGAGGAGGUUGAUCACUUCUACUCCUUUUGGUAUGAUUUUGAUUCCUGGAGAGAAUUUUCCUAUCUGGAUGAAGAGGAUAAGGAGAAAGGAGAAGAUCGUGAGGAGAGAAGAUGGAUAGAGAAACAGAACAAAGCCGCUCGACAGAAGAGGAAAAAGGAAGAAGUGUCCAGAAUACUGAAGCUAGUCGACAAUGCCUAUGCAUGUGACCCAAGAAUAAAGAAGUUCAAAGAAGAAGAGAAGAGAAAGAAAGAGGAAGAGAAAAAAGCAAAGAAAGAAGCAGCAAGAAAGAUUGCAGAAGAAAAGGAGCGGCAAAGACAAGCGGAGCUAGAAGCUGAAAGGAAACAAAAGGAAAAGGAAGAAGAGGAAGCAAAGGCCAAGGCUUUAGUUGCCAAGAAGGAAAAGGAAGCAGCCAAGAAACAACUUAAAAAGGAGAGGAAAAGACUGAGGGACGUUUGUAAAACCAAUGACUACUAUGUAGAAGGUGAGAGUGACACAGUAGCCAUGAUGGAGUCUAUUGAGAAACUCUGCAACAGACUUCAGAUCGCAAGUCUACAGGACCUGAACACAGCCAUGGCUAAAGGCAGCAGAGAAGAGGCCAAGGCAGCCCUGGAUAAACAGAUAGAGGAGAUGGAGACAGACAUCCGUCGUGAGGAGGAGGAGAGGAUCGCAGCGGAGAGGAAGAAGCAGCAGGAGUCGGUCCGGGCGAAGGAGAAGGGCGGGUCCGGCAAGCCGUGGUCUCCGGAGGACCUGGCGCUGCUUGUGAAGGCCGUCAAAACCUUCCCUGCCGGGACAGUGUCACGGUGGGAAGUCAUUGCAGCCUUCAUCAACGAUCACACCACCACAGACAUCAAGAGAACGGCUAAGGAGGUCUUGAACAAGACAAAAACUCUGCAAAAAGCAGAGGAUUCCCGUACUCUGCGGACGGAAGUGAACAAAGCAGCAUACGAACGACUGGAGAAAUCCACCACGGAAGCGGCGUCCAUAAAGAAAGCAGAGGAUGCUGGGAUAUCCGAGAGGUUUGAUGACCCAUCGGUGUACCAGUUCAGAACCGGUCCUUGGAACGCAGAUGAGCAGAAGUGUCUGGAACAGGCGCUGCGGACGUAUCCGGCCGGGACAGGGGACAGAUGGGACCUGAUCGCUGAGGCUGUGCCGGGCCGGAGUAAGAAAGACUGCAUGGUCAGAUAUAAGGAACUUGUGGAGUUGGUCAAAGCCAAGAAAGCAGCGCAGGCAGCUGCCAAGAAAUAGCAUCUGACAUCAAAUCGAAGCAAUCCUUACAUGCCAGAAUGUCUACUCAUGAUAUGGCCAACUGUUCGUGCUUUGACUAUUGUCUCCUACUAGCGAUGCCUUGAAAAACAGUCUCUCUGUAAUGAAAAAAACAAAUCAAUGGAUUAAAAUAUCAUUGCAGACGAAAUGUGGAUGUUGUUUCUCCUGUACUUACUUGUUCUGCAUCACUCAGUGGAGUAUUAUAUGACUUUAGAAACCAGGACAUUAACUCUUUUCACCGUUGGGUAACUUCUCUCUUUCAAUGGGUGACAUGCUACUGCUUACCGUUA